AUGGCGAGGUGGCGUCGUGGAGGGGCACUAGGCGGACCUAGGUCGCACGUGGGAGGACGAGGCGAGGUGAAAAUUCAAGUUGUUAGCUCCCGCCAACGUUCUUUUGGGCCAAUUCACACUCUACCAGGAAUUUUGUGGAGAAAGGGGAUCUACCGGAGAGUAGAACCAAAUUUCUUACUUAUUUGUUCGUCUGAUCAACUUUUGCAACAUAGGUACAAAACAGAUUUCUUCAUAUUGUACGAGUUUCCAUUGGCAGUGAGACCAUUUUACACAAUGCCGUCCGGGCAAGAGAGUAAUCCUGGUAGUUACAGUAAUUCCUUCGAUGCUUACAUUAGAGGCCAAGAAGUCCUUUCAGGUUCUCAGAGGAUCCACAAUAAGUCGUUGCUGAUUAAAAGGAUAGAUGAGCGGGGAUACAUCAAAGCAAUCUUUCAGCAGUUCACGGAUACUUUCGGGUGCGGACCACCACCGAGAGGAGGUUUCGGAGCUGGACUCGAGCGGCUUGUGAUGCUUUACUUAGGAGUGCCGGAUAUUAGAAUUGCUUCACUUUUUCCGCGCGACCCUGGCCGUCUGGUUCCCUGAUUAAUUGUAUUAUAGUUACCUUGGUCUUUUUCAGUGCCGGAUAUUAUAAUUGAUUCAGCGCCUGGCUCUCUCUG